CUCUCCGAAAAAAAAAUCAAUUACUUAUUGUUAAAAUCAUAAAAAUUAGUUAGUUUUUGUAUGUCUGAACAAACAUGCAGUCAGUAUAUCUUAUGCUAAAAAAAUUUGAUAGCGCAGAACUGGAGAAGAUGUUGCUGGUUAGUGGUUAUUGAUAGAUCUGUAGUAGAGUAGAUUUCUUUCGCACGCUAGAAAACCUCAGUCGCAGAUUUCCCCAGCCCAGAUUUGGUACGAACUAGUUUUCACGGGAGUGUGCUCGGUGUGGCACGGAAAUCGGAAGUUCGGAAAAGAGCAGCACCCGCUGUCUACACGUCAACCGCCCGAUUUCCAGAAAUAGGGGUACUGCAGAGUGCAGAGCGCAGACUGUGUAUUGUGUCACAUUUGUGUGGACCAGUGCGAUCUGUCUUGCAUCGAUGAAACGACGAUGCGUCCUCGUGCUGCCAGUUGAACGUCUACUUUUGACUUGUUGAUUUUACGAUUAAUUGAGACGUUCUACGAAUGCUAUCUUUUUCGAAAGAUUCGAAAAUUUGAAGGCCAGACUCUUUCACAGUUUUGCUCAUUAUAUGGCUUUCUCCACCGCAUUCAGUAAAUCGUUUAGGAUUAUUCUGAAGAUCUGCUUUCGCUCUACCAGAUCUGCGUUGAAUGAUGGUUCUCGCUCCUUUUUGUCGGUGGAGCACUCAUCUUUGCCUAACUCGAGAAGACCUGCACUCAGUCGGUACGACAGACAUAUAAUGGAAUUCCCCUCAUGCCGGAGAAACUUGUCAGAGACUUCCAACAGCUUGCAUACGAGGACGGUUCUUGCAUCAGACGGGCAUCCCAGCGCUCGGCUGCAGAAUUUAAAGCAUUCAACCAUUCUCGUUGAGGGAAAUAUUGGUUGUGGGAAAGCUGAGUUUCUUCGAUAUAUCGAAAGCGAGCCUUCUGUACAGGUGUCAGAAGAACCGAUAGAUUUAUGGAGAAAUAAAGAUGGUCAAAAUUUACUAGAUCUCAUGUAUAAAGAUCCGAAGAAAAACAGUUAUAAAUUUCAGCAGUAUGUUUUGGAGACUAUGGUCGAUCAACAUGACCGAAGCACCAACCGGCCAGUGCAUAUUUUGGAGCGGUCUUUCUAUAGUGCUCGAUACAUCUUUGUGGAAAAUUUAUGGAGAAAUGGUCUGAUGUCCAGUGAAGAAUAUCAAGCGUUGGACCGGCAGUUCCGAAGUUACUUGGAUGGAUCUCGGCAUGUCGAUGUUGAUUUGAUUGUCUACAUUCGAGCUUCACCGGAAACCGUGCACAAGCGCAUUUUGCACCGCGGCCGAGAGGAGGAAAAGAAUAUUUCUGUUGCUUACUUGUCGCAGUUGCAUAACCUUUAUGAAGCCUGGUUAAUUGACCACAAAUUUCCUGUUCCUGCACAAGUGCUAGUGAUUGACGGUGAAGCGCCACUGGAAAAAGUUUUCCAACAAAUCAAUAACGAAAGAGAGCGCAUAUUAUAUAGCCCUGCAUCUUCUGGUAGCUUGGGCGAAGUGCAGCCGUCUGCAAAAAUUCCUAUUGUAAUGACUUGAAAUGGACUGGAAUCUCAGAAUCAUGAUCAUUCUUUGUAAAGUUGUGAUAAAACUUUGUUUAUGCUGAGUACGAGUAGUGAAAAUAAAAUCUUCAACACUGUUAGGUACAUAUUUGCAUCAACUGCAUGUUAGGCUAUAGUAUCAUGUAUUAUAUUGCGGAAAACUUGAAUUGUUUCGGACUUUCUCUUGUUGCUUGAUUUUUACUUCCGUGGACAUAAAAUGAUUAAAAUCGUAGGUGUGU